AUGCCUGGUUUACCGGCGAGUAUCGAUCUGGAUGAGUGCAUCGAGAGACUCUAUCGCAAAGAGUUACUGGCAGACUCCGUUAUCGAGGCAAUAUGCGCCAAAGCGAAGGAGUUGUUGAUGAAGGAGAGCAAUGUUGUGCACAUUGCGGCUCCGGUGACGGUCGUCGGAGACAUCCACGGACAGUUUUUUGAUAUGAUUGAGAUUUUCAAGAUCGGCGGGUUCUGUCCGAAUACGAAUUAUUUGUUUUUAGGCGACUACGUCGACCGGGGCCUCUUCAGCGUGGAAACGAUCUCGCUGCUAGUGUGCCUGAAGCUGCGGUACCCGCAGCGCGUGCACCUGAUCCGGGGCAACCACGAGUCGCGGGGGGUGACGCAGUCGUACGGGUUCUACACGGAGUGCGCGCGCAAGUACGGCAACGCGAACGUGUGGCACUACUUCACGGACAUGUUCGACUUCCUGACGCUGAGCGUGGUGAUCAACGACCAGAUCUUCUGCGUGCACGGCGGGCUGUCGCCCUCGAUCCACUCGAUCGACCAGAUCAAGAUCAUCGACCGCUUCCGCGAGAUCCCCCACGAGGGGCCCAUGGCCGACCUCGUCUGGUCCGACCCGGACACCGAGCGCGACGAGUUCUCCCUCUCCCCGCGCGGCGCCGGCUACACCUUCGGCGCCCAGGUCGUGCGCAAGUUCCUCGAGGUCAACAGCAUGUCCCACAUCCUGCGCGCCCACCAGCUCUGCCAGGAGGGGUACCAGGUGCUCUACGACGACCGCCUCAGCACCGUCUGGAGCGCCCCCAACUACUGCUACCGCUGCGGCAACCUGGCCAGCGUGCUCGAGGUCAGCGAUACCGGCGAGCGCUACUUCAACAUCUUCGACGCCGCGCCCGAGAACGAUAUUCAUCGCGGCGAGCAGCAGGCGCAGCAGAAUAAGGACGGCCAGAGCCCCGUGAUUGAUUACUUUCUGUGA